CAAAGUCUAACCACAUACAACUCAAAUAUCUCCCACUGCACAAAGAUCGAUGUUGAAACUACAGCUAACCCAGCAGUCGCAGUACUCCACCCAAACCCCCUUCCUACAACAUUUCAAGCCGUUCAUCCAUGGCCAUGGCAAUGGCAAUGCUUCGCUUCCGAUCUCAAGGCAAUCAUUCCACAAAAAGAACAAAAGUGUUCGAGUCGGCUUCAUCCCCGGCAACAUAAAAGCUGUGGCAAGCUCUACCGAGAAGGCCACUUCUGUUAAAGCCAUUGUAACUGUGAAACCUACUGUUGGUGGCUUCCUCUCAAACCUUGGGAUAACCCGAGGGCUUGAUGAUAUAAGAGACUUACUUGGUCAAACACUCCAAUUGGAGCUUGUUAGCACCGAGCUUGAUCCUAGGACGGGAUUAGAGAAGGAGACAAUUAAAGGGUACGUACACAGGACGAGCGACGCGAAGGAGGAAGUGAAAUACGAGUCAAGUUUUGAUGUUCCAGCAGAUUUCGGGGAGGUUGGGGCCAUUUUGGUGGAGAAUGAGCACCACAAGGAGAUGUUCCUCAAGGAUAUUAUCCUCAAUGGCUUCCCUAAUGGUCCCGUUCAUAUAAACUGUAAUUCAUGGGUUCAUUCAAAGCAUGACGAUCCCCAGAAGAGGGUCUUCUUUGCAAACAAGUCAUACUUGCCAUCCCAAACACCAAGUGGGCUAAGGAGGCUCAGAGAAGAAGAACUUGUGAUUUUGCGAGGCAAUGGGCAAGGAGAACGCAAGACCUUCGAGAGGGUGUAUGAUUACGAUACGUACAACGAUCUUGGAGAUCCUGAUAGUAGUGCUGAUCUUAAACGACCUGUGCUCGGCAGCAAAGACCACCCCUAUCCUAGACGUUGUCGGACUGGACGGGAGCGCACUAAAACAGAUUCGUCGUCGGAGAAAAGAAGCAGCAGCGUCUAUGUUCCCCGGGAUGAGAGCUUCUCGGAAGUAAAGCAGCUAACGUUCUCAGCCAAGGCAGUAUACUCGGUGUUGCAUGCAGUGGUACCGUCGUUGGAGACGGCAAUCAUCGACGCUGAUCUCGGAUUCCCGUACUUCACGGCAAUCGAUUCGCUUUUUAACGAGGGGGUUAACUUGCCUCCCCUUAAAAACCAAGACACACAGUUCCUCCGCACCCUGCUGCCCAGGCUACUCAAGGCUCUCACUGAUACAGGAGAAAAUGUGUUGCGGUUUGAGACCCCAGAGACAAUGGAUAGAGACAAAUUCUUUUGGUUUAGGGAUGCCGAAUUUGGUAGGCAGACUCUUGCUGGUCUCAACCCCUACAGCAUACAGUUGAUCACGGAAUGGCCAUUGAAGAGUAAACUCGACCCAAAGGUCUACGGCCCGCCAGAAUCAGCAAUCACUACAGAAAUGAUUCAACGAGAGAUCGGAGGUUUAAUGAGCGUCAAGGAGGCCAUAAAGCAGAAAAAGUUAUUCAUUCUAGAUUACCAUGACCUAUUGUUACCAUUUGUGAGCAAAGUGAGAGAGAUUAAAGGGACAACUUUGUAUGGAUCACGGACAGUGUUCUUCCUAACCCCCGAUGAAACCUUAAGGCCGUUGGCCAUUGAGCUGACUCGGCCACCAAUCGAUGGGAAGCCACAGUGGAAAGAGGUUCGCAUGCCUUGUUGGGACGGUACAGGUAUCUGGCUAUGGAGGCUUGCAAAAGCUCACGUUCUUGCCCAUGACUCUGGUUAUCACCAACUUGUUAGCCAUUGGCUAAGAACUCAUUGUGCUACAGAACCUUAUAUAAUUGCGACAAAUAGGCAACUCAGUGUGGUGCACCCUAUCUAUAGACUGCUGCACCCUCAUUUCCGGUACACUAUGGAGAUUAACGCUCUCGCUCGAGAAGCACUUAUUAAUGGAGGAGGGAUCAUUGAGUCCUCAUUCUCACCUGGCAAAUACUCCAUGGAGUUGAGCUCCGCUGCUUAUGACCAGCAGUGGCAGUUCAACUUGGAGGCAUUACCAGCUGACUUGAUUAACAGGGGAAUGGCUGUUGAAGAUCCAACUGCUCCACAUGGCCUAAAGCUCACAAUUGAGGAUUACCCCUUUGCCAAUGACGGCCUCGUCCUUUGGGACUCAAUAAAAGAGUGGGUGAGUGACUAUGUGAACCACUAUUACCCGAACCCAAGGCUGAUAGAGUCUGAUCAGGAGCUACAAGAAUGGUGGACAGAAAUCCGAACAGUAGGCCAUGCUGACAAAAAGGACGAACCAUGGUGGCCGGUUCUCAAGACCCCAAAAGACCUAAUCGAAAUCAUCACAACGAUUGUAUGGGUGACAUCUGGUCACCAUGCAGCCGUGAACUUUGGACAAUACACUUACGCAGGUUAUUUCCCUAACCGGCCUACCAUUGCCAGAACCAAUAUGCCCACUGAAGAGCCUUCCGAAGAAUUUUGGAAAAACUUCUUGCAAAAGCCUGAAGGUGCACUCUUACAAUGCUUUCCUUCACAAAUUCAAGCGACAAAAGUGAUGGCUGUUUUGGACAUACUAUCAAAUCAUUCUCCAGAUGAGGAGUAUCUAGGGGAUACAAUAGAGCCUGCUUGGGCUGAAGACCCGAUCAUUAAGGGGGCCUUUGAAAGGUUUAACGGGAGGUUACUUGAGCUUGAAGGGACUGUUGAUGAGAGGAAUGCCAACAGGAACUUGAGGAACAGAAACGGAGCUGGGGUUAUGCCAUAUGAGCUUUUGAAGCCAUUCUCGAAGCCUGGAGUGACUGGGAAGGGUGUUCCCUAUAGCAUUUCCAUUUGAAGUUGAAACUAAUGUGUAUUUCCAGAACGUAUUUCAAACGUAUCAGAUGGCAUAUUAAGAGAAAUAAGAACAUAUAUGUAUUGCUUGAUAUUUCAAGAGUAA